UGAGCUGAAAAAGGAAGAAGGAAAUGCGUGAAACUGUCAAGAAACCUUGUGUUGCUGCUGCUACUGUUGUUGUUGCUGUUGCUGUUGCUACUACUAUGACGAAGAAAACUAGUCCGGAAGAAGAUGGGGACGUGAUAAUUAUCCCUCCGUUGUGUACAUCAGCUAAUCGGUCAAGAUUACAAGCUGGGUCACGUCGCAUUACGCCGACGAAUGAUGAUAUGGCUGAGCUCCGGCAGCUGCCGAACGGAGAUCUAUAUACUGGGACAUUUUUGGGAAAAGUGCCGCAUGGUAAUGGGAAGUAUUUAUGGUCUGAUGGGUGUAUGUAUGAAGGUGAGUGGAGAAGAGGGAAGGCGAGUGGUAAAGGGAAGUUUUCGUGGCCUUCGGGGGCGACUUAUGAAGGGGAUUUUAAGGAUGGGAGAAUGGAUGGAUAUGGGACGUUUAUCGGAGCUGAUGGGGAUACGUAUCGGGGUUGGUGGGCAGCAGAUCGGAAACAUGGGUUUGGGGAGAAGUUAUAUGCUAAUGGGGAUUUGUAUGUUGGUUCUUGGAAGUGGAAUUUGCAAGAAGGGGAAGGGAGGUAUGUUUGGGGAAAUGGGAAUGAGUAUAUUGGAGAAUGGAGAAAAGGGGUUAUGUUUGGUAAAGGGGUUUUGAUUUGGGCAAAUGGCAAAAGAUAUGAAGGGGAUUGGGAUAAUGGGAUGCCUAAAGGAAAUGGUGUUUUUAGUUGGCCUGAUGGUAGGACUUGUUAUACUAGUGGUUCAUGGGGUGAUAGUAAUUCAUCCAAACAAGAAUUUAGUACUGGUGGUGGUAAUGGUGGUCAGGCUCUAAGGAGAUCUUCUGUGACGAUGAAUGUGCGUGAAAGGAAUGUUAAUUUACCGAGGAUUUGUAUAUGGGAAUCUGAUGGUGAAGCAGGAGAUAUUACUUGUGACAUAGUUGACAAUAGGGAGGCUUCUUCUAUGUUUGUUCCUAGGAAUGAUGAUGAGGAGGAUGAGGAUGAUGAUGAUGAUGAAGAGAGUGAGAGUUCUGAAGGAGAUGAAAGUGGGGAUUUUCGGAAGAGUCCUUGCCACUCUGAAGUUGUGGAAAUGAAGAAGCCGGGGCAACCAAUAACCAAGGGACAUAAGAAUUAUGAUUUGGUGGUUAGUCUUCAGCUAGGUAUUAGGUAUUCUACUCAGAAGCACGCCUCAAUUACCCGAGAACCAAAGAAUGGGGAUUUCGAUCCUAAUGAGAAGUUCUGGACAAGGUUUCCACCUGAGGGUUCCAAACUCACACCACCCCAUCAGGUUGUGGACUUCAAAUGGAAGGACUACUGUCCCGUAGUUUUCAAGAGUCUUAGGGAGUUGUUUGGAAUAGAUCCAGCUGAGUACAUGCUAGCUAUCUGUGGAAGUGAUGCACUUAGGGAACUAUCUUCCGCUGGGAAAAGUGGCAGCAACUUCUAUCUUACUCAAGAUGACCGAUUUAUCAUCAAAACUUUGAAAAAGUCUGAAGUUAAGGUGUUCAUUAGAAUGCUUCAAAGUUAUUAUCGGCAUGUUCGUCAGUACCGAAGCUCCUUGGUGACAAAGUUUUUUGGUGUACAUUGUGUUAAAAUGGUUGGAUGUCAAAAGACACGUUUUGUUGUUAUGGGGAACCUGUUCUACUCUGAACGUGUGAUCCAUAAGCGCUUUGAUUUAAAGGGAUCCUCUUAUGGCCGUACAACUGAUAAGCCAGGAGGAGAGGCCGAUGAGACUACUACUCUUAAAGACCUCGAUCUCAACUUUGUAUUUCAAUUGCGACAAUCUUGGUAUAAAGAGCUUAUAAGACAAAUUGAUAUAGAUUGUCAGUUUCUGGAAGCUGAGAAUAUCAUGGAUUACAGUCUUUUGAUUGGUGUUCAUAUCUGCAAUUAUAGUAACAAUGGCGAGAUGAAUUUGUCACCUUCUGGCAAAGCUGAUGCUCAAGAUUAUUGCUUAUGUGAUGCAGAAAGUCCUGAUAAGGGACAUAUCAUUGACAAAAGGAAUUCUCCUAUAAGUUCAGCUGCAAAUGUGCCUGCAAGGGCGAUGUGUGUGACAAGGAGUGGAAUUGAGUCAACUUCUGAACAGGGUGGCUGUGAGGCUAAUAAUGCUAUCCUUUGCCUGGGCAUCAUUGACAUUCUUCAAGAUUAUGAUAUCAGCAAAAGACUAGAACAUGCAUACAAGUCAUUUCAGGUGGAUCCCACUUCAAUAUCUGCUGUUGAUCCAAAGCUCUACUCUAAAAGAUUUCGAGAUUUUAUAAGUAGAAUCUUUAAAGUAGACGAAGGGUAAGGAUCAUGGAAAGAGCAUGUAGAUAAGCUUAUGGAGACGGGCAAGUGAGAUACAAGAAGAGACUGGAAUUAGUUGAAUCGGUUAACGCCCUUGUUUGCUGAUUAUAUGAUGACUGGUUUUUGUGGAGAUCUUGGCCAUUGGUAAAGUGUGAAUGAAUGGUCUGAUGAAGUUGAUGAUGCCCAAUUUUAUUUUAUCCCCUUUCCCUCCCUUGCUAUAUAUGUCAAGGAUGAUCAAGCUAGGUAAGUUAUGUAUAUCAUUUUUUAUUUUUUUUUCUCUUUUACCUUCCUUUUGGUCACUCUCUAGUUGAGUUGAGUGAACAUGAAGAUUUUGAUCAAAUGUACAGUAAAGGAAAUCUUUUUUGGUAGUAUUUGUAGUUACUGUGUUCCACGACGAAAUUUAAUGCUUAGUUUCCUUGUUUAA